AUGGCCAAUGUUCGCAAAUGUCGCGAAACUUUUUUGGACUAUAAUUUUUUUGAAAAUUUUUAUAGAAUUUUUCUGACACCGGAUAUGGAUUCAACGGGUGACAGAGUACCAUAUAGGAUAUUUUUGGGUCAAAAUUGGAAAAUUUUUGACCCUUCGAAUUUUUCAAAAGGGGUACCCCUUUUGGGGGAUUUGUGGGAUUUUUUAGGGGAUCAUAACUUUUUGUGGGAUUUAUGGAAUUGGAUGUGGUUUGCUUUACAAAAUAGAAUAAAAAAUUAGAAAUUUUUUGAGCCCAAAAAAUUUCGA